UUCCGUUUCACUUGUCAAAUCUUAAACGUGUGCAACUUAUCGGUUUUAUUCUGCUACCAGCAUACUUCUAACUAUUAAACAAUUUUGUUAAUUUUCUGGAGUCGCCAUAAUGCCGAAAAAUUUUAAAAUUAUUCUAUUCUACAAUCUGAAACAUUAUUUCAAGAUAUUUUUAUGUGAUAAACAUACUUAACCUCAAAAGUUGAUAAUACUUAACGGAAGUAGAAAUAUCUAUCAUUCUCUUGUUUCUAAAAUCGAAUACCGUCAUUUCUUACACUUUGUUGAAACUGUAUUUCAAUUUUUACAUGUAUUUGUUAAGGUUUCAGCUAUCUCUGACAAUUAUUAGUACCAUUAUCAUGGGUAUUCUAUUUCUAUCCGAAGUAAAUUAUUAUCUUACUCCAACCCUAAGUGAAGAAUUGUUUGUAGAUACUUCAAGGGGUUCAAAAUUAAGAAUUAAUUUAGAUAUAAUUGUACCUACAAUAUCUUGUGAUGUUUUAUCAAUAGAUGCAAUGGACACGACAGGUGAACAGCAUUUACAAAUAGAGCAUAAUAUAUUUAAAAGACGCUUAGACUUAAAUGGGAAACCUAUAGAAGAUCCACAAAGGACAGACAUUACUGACACAAAAGCACGUAGCAAAACAACAACAAAGACAGUAGAAAGCACUACUGAGAAAGCAUGUGGAGACUGUUAUGGAGCUGCUGGUGAUAUUAUCAAAUGUUGUAAUACUUGUGAAGAUGUAAGGGAAGCCUAUAGACUUAAAAAUUGGGCACCUCCUGCUCUAGGAAUGAUAAAGCAGUGUAAAAAUGACAAAUCAGUAGAGAAAAUGAAAACUGCCUUUACUCAAGGGUGUCAAAUCUAUGGUUAUAUGGAAGUAAAUAGAGUGGGUGGGAGUUUUCACAUUGCACCAGGUGACAGCUUCUCUGUAAACCAUGUACAUGUGCAUGAUGUCAAACCAUACACAUCAACGCAAUUUAACAUGACCCACAAGAUUCGCCAUUUGAGUUUUGGGCUAAACAUCCCAGGAAAGACGAAUCCUAUGGAUGAUACCACUGUAGUUGCAAUGGAAGGUGCGAUGAUGUUUUAUCAUUACAUCAAAAUUGUACCGACGACCUACGUGCGCGCUGAUGGUUCCACGUUAUUGACAAAUCAAUUUUCUGUAACUCGACACGCCAGACAAGUGUCUUUGUUUAGCGGCGAAUCUGGAAUGCCUGGUAUAUUCUUUAAUUAUGAAUUAAGUCCACUGAUGGUAAAAUAUACAGAAAAAGCGAAAUCGUUUGGUCAUUUCGCGACGAAUGCAUGUGCAAUUAUCGGUGGCGUAUUUACAGUUGCUGGAUUAAUAGAUUCGCUAUUAUAUCACUCUGUCAGAGCAAUACAGAAAAAGAUAGAAUUGGGCAAAUACAAUUAAAAUUUAGAUCAGCUUAUAAGUUUGAAGAGUAUUAUAGAAUAUUUGAAAAUAUUUUGUACGACGAAUGAUCUGAUCUUACACGUCAGUUAAGAAGUAACUUAAUCUCUUAUCGAGCGUAUUAUUAAAAACAUGAAAGAAAGAAAAUGCUGAUGUAACAAUGUAAAAUUUACCAAUUUUUUAUAUUGCCUAAACUUGUAUUGACACAACAGAUUAAACAUUUUUGUAUAAGAUAUAUAAAACUGUACAUAAAGGACUGUAGAAAUAUGUAAGAACACUUAAUAUUUAAGUAAAAUGUAUACAAUAAAGGUUAUACUAUUACAACAAGAAGGCUGAAAAAAUAUAAAUAUUUAUUAUAAUAUAA